AUGGAGCAAGCGAAUAAGACUCAAAGAAAUUCACAAUUAUGGAGAAACCUAGACACAGGGAAGUAUUAUUACAUCAGUGAUAAAGGAGUUCAAAGACUUGUCAAAGGAAAUGGAGCUUCAAUACCUAAAUUUUGCUGCACUGUGAGUGGUGUAUCAAAAUAGUUUGAGAACUCUCAAAAAGCCAGGAAGUAUACCAAAAUUUCCAGGCUGAAAAGAGAUGAUUUUAAACUGUAAGAAGAAGAGUGAAGUUAUGAAGCUCAUACAUUCAGAGAAGAUAAUUACUAUUCUAUCUGAAAGAAACAAGAAAGAAUUUCAAUCAAAUUCCAAGAUUCAUGAGACGAAUCAUAGAAGAUUCUCCUUAAGCCAAGCCUUAGAUGGUGACACUUUCAGAUCAGUCAGACAAGAAAAUAAGUCUCGUGAGGGAUCUCGAAAAUAGAAGAUGUGAGUUCAUAACUUGUUUGAAAAAAUCUAAAACUCUUUCCCAAGCUAAUCUCAAAAAGUCCUUAAAGAGCCCUGCUCCUCACUUCAAAGCAGCGAGAAUGAUGGAUAAUAGACCUAAAACGCUUGAGGAAUACGGGAAGAGAAAUAUUAAGGAGUUUAAACACCAGAACAAACUUCAUAAUAAGAGAAAGGUGGUAAAAUAACAAGGUAAUCCAAGAUUUCUUUUAAAAAAUACAAAAAUCCACAUAUGAGACGUCUUGCAAAUCCAUUUCAUUUGACCCCCACUGAGGAGUAUAUGCUGAAGAACGAGAUUGAGAUGGCCAAGUUUAUUCCAAAUACAUCCAUAGCACAGAAGCAAGGCAAGAAGCUCAAUAGCUACAUGAGCAUGGAUUUAGUUGAGAUCUCAAAGGAAAAAAUAUAGCGACACCUAUUAAGCCCCAUCAGAAGGAAGAUAUCUACCUGAAUAAACUCGUCUCUCAAAACCUAAAAGACACCGAAUCCUUCUGAAGUGACGACCCCAGAUAUGGCUUUGACGAGGAUCAUAAAGUAGCAAGUUCAGAUUUCGUUGCUAAAAAUUACAAAGACUUGAAACGUAAAGAGGAGAUUUUAAAAGAACUUGACCGGAAACGGAACCAAAAGAAGAGAGUCCCACUGGAGCCUGAUAGGUUCGGAGAUGUCAAGGCUGAGACAGGUGGGGGUCUGUGGAUGAAGGAUAAAGAAGAGAGGCAGAAGGUUAAUCCAGAGUAUGAGCAGAAGGAGAGGUUUUAUCGAGAGAAGGAAAGAAGGUUUUUAGAGCAAAGACGGCAAGGAAAUGUGCUGAAAAAUUUGUCCUUAAAUCAGGAUCUUAAGAUUAUGAACAAAAAGUUAGAUAAAAUGCUUAGAGACAAAAUAUUCUAACUAAUAACCCGCUAAAAAAUGACAAAUUUCUGAAAUAACACCAUCUCGAAG